UACAAAUAGCCCAUAUAAGGACACCAUAUGAGGACACUUUUUGACCGGGGUGUCCUAAUAAGCUUACGAGGACGACUUGAGAAAACAGGAGCAAAAUACUGCUGCCCCGCCUAUUUUUUUUCAUCAAAAGUUAAACUUCCCACUUCUGUUUUUCCCAAACAUAUUCGCACUUUGGCCUCUAUUUUACAGUUGACCUCUUUCUUCUCUACUCUCUCUCUCUCUCGCUCUCUGCAUCUCUUGAUCUCUUCCUCGUCGAACAGAUUGGAGCUCUGAUUCCUUAGCUCUGAGCAAAACAAAUCUCACCACAGCUGGGUACUUCUCUCUCCUCCUCUAUCUGUCUAUAUCUUUUUCUUCUCGCCAGAUCUAUAUGCUCCAUCCAGAUCAUAACGUGACGGUGGCUUUCUCCUAUAUCCAUAUCGGAAUUAGAUGAUGCGAAGCCCAAACCUCAAGGUCAAAAAUCCUCUCAGCAAUGCCGCCACCGUUGUCUCUCUCCAAAUCCCCAACCUCGCCGCUAUCCCUAGACGCCUCCGACCCCGUCCGCGAUGCCAUUGAGGAGCUCCAGCGCCGCCAGCGCACCAAUGUUGUGCGAUUGAGAACCUCUGUCGGAGCUUUCUGCUAACAUAUGGUGUCAGAGUUGGAACUGAGAUUUUGCUUCGCAUGUUUAAGCUGUCUCGCAGACAGUCCUACUCUUCCUUGCUCGAUCUUAAGUGCAAUCUGCAACAAGGGAUGGAGGGAAAUCCUAUCGCUGAAAUCAUCCAACCCAUCGAUAUGAUGAAGUUGAGAAUUCAAUUGGGUCUGGGAUCAGCUGGACAAGUUGCCAGGACCAUGAUCAAGGAGGAGGGUUUUGGUUCAUUGUAUAAGGACCUGAGUAACCAACCUAGGUUAUUGCAAACCCAACUUUCCGAAAUGAAGAAGAGAUUAAGCUGUUGAACGAACCCUGAUAAGAUCAACAAUGUAGAUCAGUUGGGGCAAAUGGAAGAUUCAAUUCGAGAAUCGCGUAACCAGAUUCAAACACAUAAGGUAUCAUCCUGCUUCAGUUGUGGAUCUCAUUAUAAGAAAUUAUGUGUAUGCCCUGCUGAUGUUAGGAUUGUGCUGUUUGAAUAAUGUCACAUGAUUAAUCUUUUGUAUAAUUGUGAAAUUCUAUGGUUAAGCGGUAGAUUUCUUUUCCAAUUAUGAUGUUUAAAUAUAUACUUCUCUCUCUCCAUCAUCAUCAUCAUCAUAUGUUGCAGUACUUUGAAAGUAUAUUUCCCCCCUGUACUAAUCUCUAUUGAAUUAAGUUACAUUGUAUUCCAUUCUACACUGUCCUGAAUUAAGUUACAUUGUAUUCCAUUCUACUCUAUUGAAUUAAGUUACGUUUUUCAUUCUACUCAAAAGUUGGAUUUCAUAAUUUCUGUUUUAGCAUGGUGACACUGUUUGUGGGUAGUAUAGCUUUAUUUCCUGUGUUCUAUAUAAAUAGAUUCAUUAUAAUCUUUGACCUCCAUAUUCUGACAAUAAAUUUCUCUGAUCAGUAACCUCUUCUAGAAAAUGAAGGAUUUCUCAUAGAAAAAUUAGGAACAAGUUAUUCUGUUCUCUCUGUCUGUUUGUACCUCUGUCUCUUUCCCUCUCU